AGGACUAUUUUUUACAGGCGAAAAGCGAACCAACCUCCACAACCGCUGAUCACUCUUGACCUCCAUCAACCGUCGAUACAACCGAUUUUCGAUUUUCGAUUUUCUAUCCGCCGCCGCGCGAGAGAAGAAAUGGCAUCGGGGUGGGGAAUCACCGGCAACAAAGGGCGGUGCUACGAUUUCUGGGUCGACUUCAGCGAGUGCAUGUCUCGCUGCCGUGAGCCCAAGGACUGCGUCCUCCUCCGCGAAGACUACCUCGAGUGCCUCCACCACUCCAAAGAGUUUCAACGAAGGAAUCGUAUUUACAAGGAGGAGCAACGUAAAAUCAGGGCAGCUGCACGGGCCAAGGAGGGUGGGGAGGUUGAUAAGCAUCACCAUCCGUAGCAGAAAUCGAUCUUAUCCUUCAAACUGAAGAAGUAAUAAGUACGUGGAGAACGGAUGUCGUAAUUUUGUCCAAACUUGUCCUUUUACUUGUUUAUGAAUGUGUGCCUCAUUGGUUUAUGCAAAUAAGGUUUCGCUUGCAGUUUGUGGAAUAUAAACCCGAUUCCUUUUUAAACUCUUCAUUUUUUUCUUCUAUAUUCCGGGAAAUUGUUGUUACGGGCUGAAAUGGAUUUGUUCGUUUGAA